AUGGUGUCGUGCGGCAAGUGCAACGGCGCCAAUGCCGAGUCGGCCAAAUUCUGCGUGCACUGCGGAGCCAAGAUAGAGCUGCCCCCGCCGUCGGCCGGGGCGAGCUUCAAGCGCGAGUACGACGAGGAAAGGCAGAAGAACGCGGCCCUCCAGACGCGCCUCUCCCAAAUCGAAGCCGAGUUGCGCACUGAAAAGGCCAAGACCGCCCGCCUCGAAGGCGACAUGGCCCAACUUCGCAACGUCUCCUCGGCCGCCGCUUCAUCUCCUCGACCGGACGGGCGCGUGAAGGAACUGGAGACCGCGUUGGUCGCGGCGGAGAGGCGCGCCGCGGAGGCCGAGCACAAGGCCGCGUCAGCUACGCAGCAGGCGACGGCCCAGCGCGAGCUUGAAACGAAGCUGUCCGCCGCAGAGCGACGAGCGACCGACGCCGAGAGGCGCGCCGCGGAGGCCGAACGCAAGGCCUCAACCGCCGCUGCCGCCGCGCCUGCAUCAUCGCAGUCGUCGGCCUCUACCGCUGCCGUGCGCGAUCUCGAAGCCAAGCUGGCCGCCGCGGAGAAGCGUGCCGCCGACGCCGAACGUCGCGCGUCCGAGGCCGAGCUCAAGGCCGCCAGCGCCGCCAGCGCCCCUGCCCCAGUGGCUUCGUCGGGCGGUCCGCCCCCGCCGCCGUCGUUCGGAGUGAUCAGCAGCGGUGGUCCGCCGCCUCCUCCGUCGUUCGGCGUCAUCAGCAGCGGCGGACCGCCUCCGCCUCCGCCCGCUGCGGGACCCCCGCCGCCGCCGCCCAUGGUGGUGGCCACCCCGCCGCCAGCGGCCGGACGCGGCGCUCUGCUGAGCUCCAUCAACGGCUUCAACAAGGGCGGGCUCAAGAAGGCCAAAACUGUCGACAAGAGCGCACCGAUCGUCAGCAAGGACUCUGGCGGCGGCGGCGGCGGCGGCGGUGGCGGACGAGGAGGCUCGGGCGGCAACAACCUGGCGGCGAUGGCGAUGGCGAUGCGGGGCAAGCUCAAGAGCAACGCGGGACCGGGUCCGGCGCUCCCUGCUCCGGGGCCUGGCCCCUCUCCUCGCGCGGGUGCCCCGGCGACCGGCGCUGCCUCGCCCCGCUUUGGCGCACCCACCACCGGCGUGGCCGGCAGACCCGGGUCCUCCUCUCCCGGCCGCCGCUUCUAG